AGAAGUAAUGACCGAAUAUCAUAAUAAGCAUAUUGAAAUGAAAAUUCUUUGAAAAUUAAUAAUAAAAGAAUUGCCGUCAAUCAUGUCAAAACAAAAAGAUUCCGAUGAUGAUGAUAAUAAUAAUGUUUAUGGUCCUGUAUUGCCAGCGAAUUUUUUGAAAUCAAAAAAUGAUGAAAAAUCAAAAUCGAAUAUUAAUAACGAAGACGACGACGAAAAUGAUGAUGAGGUUUAUGGUCCAAUUUUGCCAUCAUCAUCAUCAUCAUCAUCAUCAUCAGUUAUUGGACCCGUAAUUGGACCAAGCUUACCAAUCAAUUUUAAUUCAUCUAAACAACUGAAUGAACAUAAUAAUAAUAAUAAUGCUGAUGUUGAUGAUGACGAUUUCAUUAUAGGACCAUUACCUCCGGGCGAAAUCGAUUUGAAUCAUAUUCAUAAUCAAAAUCGAUCAAUUCGAAAUGAAACGGAUGGACCGAAAAGAGAAAAAUGGAUGCUUGAACCAGGUAAAUCACUUGGUCGAGCAUUUCAAGUGCCCACUAAAUCGAUAACGAAAUUUAGCCAGAAAACGCCUAAAGAUAAACGUUUAACCGAAGAUGAAAAAAUGGAAAUUCAUGCAAAAGCACAAAAAGAUAAAAAAAUGGAAGAAUUUCUUGAAAAAUAUGAUAAAACCAAUAAACGUGAACAAUCAUUAAUGGAAAUACAUCGACAAGAUUUACGAAAAAACAAGAAAUCAAAAACCACCACCACCACAUCAUCACAAGCUGAACGACGUGAAUUUGAUCGUGAAAAAGAUCUUUGUGCACCACAAAUGGAUUCAAAACGAAAAAAAACAUUAAUCACCGAAGCAUCGAAUACAUUUGGAACAAAAUUUUCGCGUGGAAAAUUUGAAAAAUUUUUAUAAUAAGAAUCUCAAUCCAAAAAGAAAAAUACAAAU